AUGCCUCUCCUCUUCCGGCCGCGCCCCGCGCAAGUCCUCCGCCAAUUCCAAAAACGCACAUACUCGGUCGCCGCGCCCUCACCCGUCAUCAAAGUCACAAGCGUGCCCGCACCCCACAGCGGUAGCAUACGCAUCCUCUCGCUGAAUCGCCCCGCCGCCCGCAACGCGAUAUCGAGACAAUUGCUCGCGGAGCUGUCCCACCAGGUCAGCAGCAUCCACGCGGAGGGCGAGACCGGGUCCACGAGGGCGCUCAUCCUCACGAGCGAGGUCGACACGAGUUUCUGCGCGGGCGCGGAUCUGAAGGAGCGGGCGACGUUCACGCAGGAAGACACAGCAAACUUCCUCGCCAACCUCCGCGGCACCCUAACCUCCAUCUCAGCACUCCCCAUCCCCACGAUCUCCGCGCUCGCGGCCCCGGCCUUCGGAGGUGGCCUCGAGCUCGCACUCACGACGCACAUGCGGGUCUUCGCCUCCACGGCGACGGUCGCGCUGCCGGAGACCAGGCUCGCCAUCAUCCCCGGCGCAGGCGGGACAUAUCGUCUCCCCGCGCUGAUCGGCCUCUCUCGCGCGCGCGACAUGAUUCUCACUGGCAGGAGGGUCGGUGGGCCUGAGGCGUAUUUCCUCGGCCUGUGUGACAGGCUUGUCGAGAUUACGCCGGAGGAGGCGGGCCAGGAGGGGAAGGCGAGGGGCAAGGUGCUCGAGGAGGCGGUUAGGCUGGCGAGGGAGAUCUGCGAGGGUGGGCCGAUUGCUAUCAAGGCUGCGCUGGCGGCGGUGGAGGGCUGCGCGCUGGGCGAGAAGGCGGAGAAUGCGGCGUACGAUGUUGUGGUUAAGACUAAGGAUCGGGACGAGGCGCUCGCUGCGUUUAGGGAGAAGAGGAAGCCUGUUUUUAGAGGCGAGUAA